GUUCAGCCCAUGCGAUAACCCGGGAAAAGUGUGUGGGUCUCACGGGGGUCGCUGUGCCGCCCCUGGCGUGUGCUGCAGUGCAGCUCAGCAGGUGUCUACAAGCAACAGGAUUCUCACACACUUCAGCGAUGGACAUCAGAGUGGUCUCUCUAAUCAUCCUCUGCGCCGUCUUCAUCAGCAUCGAUGGACACCCUCCUAAGUGCUGUGUGGCUGUUUCCAAGCGCAUCCCACGCCACGUGCUCAAGGACAUGCUGAGGUACGAGGUGCAGCGCAGCUCAGGACUCUGUGACAUCGACGCCAUCAUAAUAUACACACGGAGGAUAAAACGAGUCUGCGCCCAUCCAAGGAUUAAGAAACAUCUGGAUCUACUGAUGAAAAAGGAACGGCAUCUCGCCAUGAAGAUCGCAGCACCAUGAGCCCUGAGCUUAAGGACUGGACACCUGGGGAUGACUUUGCUGUUCCAUGUGUCUGAGUUUGGGCAUUCUGCUUCUUAUUGCACCAUAAGGAAAUACAAAUAAUCAAAUAAUGUACUACAGAGGAAAUGCUUUGAGUGCGGCAGCUGGAAAUUGACCCCUGUGUUUCAAAUAAGCCUUUCUUGCUUACUGUGUUUACAGUGUUUCAAAUAAGCCUUUCUUGCUUACCGGUGUUUAGGUGACUGAAUAAAGGUGACU